AUGGCGAUAGUUGUGUUACUGAUAGGAAUAUUAACUCAAACAAUAUUAGGUCAAGUUAUAAUAAAUACUGAACCUAAUAAACUAGUUGAUGGAGAAUCUGAUAGUGUUACCUGUUAUUAUAACAAUGUAAUAUACAGUCAAGUUAUAAUAAAUACUGAACCUAAUAAACUAGUUGAUGGAGAAUCUGGUCAAGUUAUAAUAAAUACUGAACCUAAUGAACUAGUUGAUGGAGAAUCUGGUCAAGUUAUAAUAAAUACUGAACCUAAUGAACUGGUUGAUGGAGAAUCUGAUAGUGUUACCUGUUAUUAUAACAAUGUAAUAGACAGUCAAGUUAUAAUAAAUACUGAACCUAAUGAACUAGUUGAUGGAGAAUCUGGUCAAGUUAUAAUAAAUACUGAACCUAAUAAACUAGUUGAUGGGGAAUCUGGUAGUGUUACCUGUUCUUAUAACAAUGUCAAGUUAUAA